AACGUCAGAGAAGUGUUUAAAACGCAGAUUAUUCCCUGGGCAUGGGUGUCAGUGUAAUGCAUUUUGACUUGAGUUAUUGGAUUUAUCCAGCGCUCUGUCUUGUAGUCUGUACCAUGGCGAACUCAUAAACGCUGUACUGUUGACUACUACGGUGUAUUUAUUCCACAUCUGACAAAGAUCUAACCCUUCGAAGAGAUUCAAACUCUUUUCUUUUUUAAAUCAACGGAAGCCUACAGCAACUAGCGUUUUGGAACUCUGUGGAGACGCCAUUGGCAAUGACAUCGCUCCCGUGCGCUCUGUGCAUAAUAUGGAUAUGUCUGAUCUGUCAUUCGACGGGAACGGGAUUUAUUUACCAGUUUCCCGGAGUGACUGGCCAAAGCGUCAACUCGGAGCAGAGCGCGACCACAGGUUCACCAGGCAGCGGAUCAAACAUUCACCUCAGGAACUGGUGCCAGUACACUGUGUUGAGGACAGUGAAGUGCCAGGUGCAUAAUGGGACAGAGACCAUGGUACAGCGAGUGUUUCAAGGCUGCCGCUGGCCAGGACCCUGCUCCAAACUCAUCAGCUACAGGACCGUGGUCAGGCCGUCGUACAAGGUGGCCUAUCGGCAGAUCACAGCUCGGGAGUGGAGGUGCUGUCCUGGGUUUGUAGGAGAUGAAUGUCGAGAAGAGUGUAUGAACUGCACUGGCUUCACUGACAUAAACAACCGACUGAACUUCAUCGAAUCCAAGAUUAAGCUGCUAGAGGGAGCAGGUUCACCAUCACCGUCCUUCAACAACUCAACAGAGGGCUCCAGUGACAACGUCAUGUACCCCCCCACCCCCACCGGCCCUCCAUCUUACCUGCACCCAGGAGGAAGAGGACCACCGGGGCCAAUCGGAUCACCAGGAAUUCCAGGCCCAGCUGGCGAGGCAGGGGUUCCAGGACAGACCGGCCCCACAGGGCCAAUGGGAGAGAGAGGAAGACCAGGAGAGAUCGGACAUCCAGGCCCUCCGGGGCCAACGUCCUCCUCUACCCGGCCGAGAGGUGACAUGUUUGGGUUCGACGAGCAGGAGGAGACCCGUCUUACUCCAACUCUUCCUGAGUUGGUAGCUGGCCCUCCUGGUCCAUCUGGCCCCCUAGGACCUCCAGGUCCCCCUGGACCAAUCGGACCAGCAGGAGUUCCAGGUCUCCCAGGGCGAGAUGCAGAGGGAGGUCUCCAAGGCAAGGCUGGGAAUCCCGGUCCUAAAGGAGACGCAGGGGAGAGGGGCCCUUCAGGAUUACCAGGGGAGCACGGCCAGCCUGGGCAGUCUGGGCAGAAGGGGGAGCCAGGAGAGGGUUUGCCUGAGGGGGAAGCUGAAGGAUUGCAGCAGCUGAGGGAAGCUCUCAAGAUCCUGGCAGAGAGAGUUCUGAUUCUGGAACACAUGAUUGGCAUCCACGAGAGUCCAGUGGAGUCAGGCUCUGGACUGGAAGGCCUACCAGACUCCUUUUCCUUCCCCGCCAUCAAGACCAGACUGGCCGAGUCCGCCAUCAAGACCAGACUGGCCGAGUCCACCAUCAAGACCAGGCGACUCCAGCCCCUCCAAAUCUCCUCCCAUCCAUCCUCAAGGAAGCACUCUGGUGGCCAGACGGAGACCAUGUAUUUUUUAAGACACCAAUGAGUGUCUUGUGUGUGUGUGUGUGUGUGUGUGUGUGUGUGUGUGUGUGUGUGUGUGUGUCUGAUAGAAAAGGUGUAGUAUCAAAAAGCCUGCAGAAAGUAUUAAUUUACAUAAUGCAUGAAUGGAUAUAUUUUCAGAAAUAUACUCAUAUAUAUUCUCUCUUCUGUGUAGUAUUUGUACACAAUUUAAAUAACAUGUUCUGUUGUGAGAGCUGAAACCAGACCAUGUUCUGUUCUGAGAGCUGAAACCAGACCAUGUUCUGUUCUGAGAGCUGAAACCAGAACAUGUUCUGUGCUGUUCUGCAGGAUUUUGGACAACCUUCCUGCCUACAUUAUUAAAAAUAAGUCGAAUGAAACGAAUAACUUCUGGUGCAUAAAACGAAAAUAAGUAAAAAAUGAAAAAAAUUGUAUUUUGGCUCGGCUGAAACCACCUGGCUCAAACUCUGAGGUGAUGUUAGACGUCCUGCUGCUGUGGCUGGGUUCUGGUCUGCUCUGAUCUGUCCUGUUCUGUCUCUCUUGGCAUGUCAUGUUUCUGAUAUUGGCUAGAAAUAAGUGUGUCUCUGUCAUUGGUCAUUCACCCUAUAUGGUCUCAUUUAAGAGUGUAUUUUCAAGUUCUUAUAAUAGCACAGUGUAUGUUGACGUACUCCUUUUACUGCACACCGUUUUCAGUGUAAUACCUGACAUGUAUGAUGUAUUGAAUACCACGGAUUCUGGAGCACCCUCCGGUUGCAACCUUUAAGUGUGAUUUAGUAGAUGGAAAAAGGGAACGUGCCAUUUUGUUGUUACGUGUUCUCUUGCUGUUACUGUGUUAAUUCAUGUGUCAUUCUCUUUUGAAUUUGAUUGUGAGGGCUAUGUGAGGGCUAUGUGAGGGCUAUGUGAGGGCUGUGUGAGGGCUAUGUGAUGGCUAUGUGAGGGCUAUGUGAGGACUAUGUGAGGGCUGUGUGAGGGCUAUGUGGAGGGCUAUGUGAGGACUAUGUGAGGGCUCUGUGAGGGCUAUGUGAGGACUAUGUGAGGGCUCUGUGAGGGCUAUGUGAGGACUAUGUGAGGGCUCUGUGAGGGCUAUGUGAGGACUAUGUGAGGGAUCUGUGAGGGCUAUGUGAGGACUAUGUGAGGGCUCUGUGAGGGCUAUGUGAGGGCUAUGUGAGGGCUAUGUGAGGGCUAUGUGAGGACUAUGUGAGGGCUAUGUGAGGGCUAUGUGAGGACUAUGUGAGGGCUAUGGUUGUGGUUGUACUGUCUGUAAGCCAUUGCACUCAGUGGAUGUGUACUGUAUCUAUCUCUCAAUUAAACCCGUUCACACAGUUCACA